AUGUCUUCACCCGUGUUAAACGCGCCUUAAUGUUUUCCAAGGGAAAAAAAAAGAAAAACAAGCAAAACGCCCGCUGAGAAGACAGAACAGUGUUUAGCUGCUCCUGGUUAGCAGGCCCGGAACGCGACCACGGGUCUUUCCUGAUCAGCUACACCGGACUCCGCGCUUCACACAGCGGUCACGCGGCUUGUUAUCCGUCGGCUGUGUGGGGAUAAGAUAUAUAGGAUCGGAGGAUGAGCAGGGGACGCAGCGCAAAAAAACGACUGCCUCCAGACAAGCCGGACACUCCUGAGCCUUUUGACGAUGCGAUUCUGGAAGAGGUGAAGCAGCUUUUUAACAAGGUGAGAGAGUACAGUGCUCCACCCGGAGACGAAUGGUGCUUACCGGACCCCAGCGCGGUGCUCCGUGACCGGCCAUGGAGUCAUCCACCUCUGCAGACUCUGAAAAACUCCUUAAACGAGGUGAAAAAUCAGCUCAGUGACAAAGAUUUGGCAGUGUGGCACCAGCACACCUGCUCCACCAACAGAGCGGGUACCAUUACGUCCAACCUCCGCGAGACUGCCAAUGCAGAGCUUUGCACUCAGGCCUGGGCGAAAUUCUACGAGAUCCAAGGAAGCUUCAAACUCCUGUCAGAAACGGCACUGCGAAACGGUGAAUUGAACUCGGUCCAUUUGUGCGAAGCUCCUGGAGCAUUUAUUGCCGCGCUUAAUCACUUCCUUCAAACCAGCAGGCUGUACUGCGACUGGACCUGGGCUGCUAACACACUGAAUCCGUAUCACGAAGCUAACGGACGGAGUCGCACUAUUGCGGAUGACAGACUCAUCGCUCAUACUCUCCCUUGGUGGUUUUUCGGCUCGGACAACACCGGUGACAUCAUGCUUCAGAAGCAUUUGCUGGAGCUGCAGGUAUUUGUUGGUAACAUGCGCAGUGUGGAUUUGGUCACUGCGGACGGAAGCUUUGACUGUCAGGGUGACCCGGGAGAGCAGGAGAGUUUAGUGGCUCCGCUGCAGUACUGUGAAACCGUGUGCGCUUUACUCUUACUUGCCCCUGGAGGCUCGUUUGUCCUGAAGAUGUUCACGCUUUUUGAGCAUUCGUCCAUUUGCCUGCUUUACCUCCUUGCGUGCUGCUUUCGCGUGGUUCACGUUUUCAAACCUGCGACUAGUAAAUCCGGGAAUUCUGAGGUCUACGUCGUGUGUUUGCACUUCAAAUCCAAAGACACCGUCCGGCCGCUGCUCUCAAAGCUGAUCCGUAACUACGGUCCAGAUAUGGUUUCUACGGUUGCGCUAUUUCCAAAAAGCUGCAUUCCUCACUCUUUUCUCAGGCAGCAUGAGGAAAUCUGCGCAUUUUUCCACAUGCUACAGGUCAACACCAUCCAGGAGAACCUGCAGCUCUUCACCAGUAUGACCACUGAGCAACGCAAUCGUUUAGAUCAGCUCAGAGAAUGUGCUGCGCAGUUCUAUGUUGAGCGUUUUCAGGUGCAGUCCUUACCACGCAAACGCUGGGUGUGCCGAGGUGGGUCGCUGGCCUGGGGGAAGCCGUGCCCGAGGAAGCAAAUGGGAUCUUUUAACCAGCGCAAGGAGAUGCAGUUUAAGGAAUGGAGGGAGCGUCUUGCACAUGGACCUUACCAGGCAUGGAUAGAGGAACAUUUUCAGGUUGAGGAAGGACAUCAUUCUGUACUUGCUGGUCCUGUGGCUGAGUGUGACUUAAACGCGUGGUUUAGUCACAUGGGAGCAGCACUCCCAAAAGUACGCAGCUCUGCUUUCUGUGAUCCGGAGUUACUCGAUCUGCUUAAUGAAGCUUUAGAGGAGCGGACCGUGGGCUUGAAGGAACAGCCACUGGCCCAAACCACACCAGCAUGCAGAUCUUGCUCCAUGAGGACUUCAUCUCCUGCAUCCAUAUUAAAUGAACUCUGCAACCAUCCAAAUGUUGUUUCUUGCUUAGUGUUGGUUGGGAACCAGUCAUGGCAGGAUGUACCACUUUCAGGAAACCAGCUACAGCCGCGGUUCUGUCCAGGCCCGUCCUACCCAGAGUUGUGCGUUUCCACUUUGCACGAUGGAGAUCCGCUUCAUCAACACAAGCUACUGAGCAGUGUGUGUUCAGCUCUGUGUGGACUUUCUGAAGGAUCAGCACUGGUGGUUCCAUUGUGCUCAGCUUUGACCCGUUUCACCGCAUCUCUGGUUCUCGCUCUCCAUCUCUGCUUCCAGUCGAUCGGUUUCCGUCGGCCCGUUUGCGGCCCACCUGUUGUGCUGCUGUGUGCGGGGUUCUCCUCUGUGCCUCAGAUCAACACCAUCCUCCAGGACGUCCUGGACCAAAUGAGAACGCUCGAACCGGACAGGCAGCUUCUGCAGUUUGCGCCGAUGGAAGAACUGAUCAGAGGUUCACUGCCUCACUUUCUGUUCGACCUCAACAACACUGUUUUGAGACAGCAGCUCCAUUUACUUCUACCAUUGCAGCAGAAAAGAUAACACGCUAUGUCUCUAUCUCACUGGGGCUCAAUCCCAGUCCUCAGUUCUCCAAACCCUCCAAAUUCUUGUGUGCCCCUUACUAAAAGACCAUUACUUCUCCAGCUUGUGACAGUGGAGGAAUUGAUUAAACUCCAUUUACUCCAAAAGCCAGAUGAUACUUUCCAUCAGUCUCAUUCCUCAGAGAUUUUCUAUUUUUCUGUAUUUAUUUCUACUCUCACACUUCUGACGGAGGUUGAACAUCGCUCAGUAUAUCGAGUUAGGAGAAAUUAAAUGAAGUAUAAUUACUGACUGGUUUGUUAUUCCUACACUAUACAAAGACACUCUAUACAGCUUGUAGCACAACGUGGUUGAGUUCUCGAAUCUGAUUGGUCAGAAUGUGAGCAGUUAUUUUCGUAUAACCGCGUGGUGUGUUAUCCUGUACUUCCAGUUUCUGGCCAACUGCAGUCAUUAAUUCUUUCACUAUGGACAGUUUGGUCUUGGGGACCCAUAUUUUGCAUAUUUUUCUUUUCCAUGGUCUUGCACGCUUCAGUUUGAGUUUUAUGUGCCAUGUAUAUAUGGAGAAGGCUUUUUGUUCAAGAAAAUAUAGAACAUUUAUGUUUGUCUAAAGCAGAUCAUUCAUUCUAUGUUGUGCAUUUAUUAUUAUGUUUUAGAAUGAUUUAUAUGUGAUGUGUAAAUGUCAAACUACUUUGAAUUGCCUUAGCUACUAUAUUUUUGACAGCAGCAGUUUAUUUUUGGGCACGUGGUCUGUUAUUAUUGUAUUAUGUUUCUAGGGUCAUCUACCAGCUGAAGAUUCCAACGCCAGUCCCCUGUAUUUGGGGGGG